AGAUGGCUGAAGAGUGGUGUUAGCAAGUUGGCCCACCUUAGGACAUACUUCUACGCGCCUUGGUGCAAACAAUAAACAUUUAUUUGUACACAAAGCGCCAAUUCAUAUUUUCGCGGUUUCUCGUUACUACUUGUUUGCACGAUUUGCACAUUGUAACUCGAUGGACGGAAAACGGGCGUUUAAAAGAAAUAAGUCGAAUGUUUCUAAUUCCGAUACCGACGAGAAUGAAUACGAUGAUGUGGGCAAAAUACAACCUUCCGUGAAAAGAAAUAAAUGUUUGCCGAAGCUGGACGUUACCGGUUAUACCACGGAAAUAGGUUCGAGAAUGAAUAAAAUUACCAAACAAAUCGACCACUUGGAAAAUUUUUUUGAUGAGGAUGACGAUUUUUUUGAAAAUGCUCUAAACGAAGCUGAGCAAUACACCCUCGAUCUCAGUACCUGGAAACGAUGCAAAAUUAUUUCCGUUUUGCAUGAAGCGCGAUGCAUGAUUCUAACUGUAGAGGAAAAAAGCAGUGGAGCAAAAGCAAAAUGUUGCAUCGAGCCUCCGUGGACAACAUUACAUAUCCAGGAAGGAGAUGUCGUUUCACUUAGUGGACAUUUCGACACAUCUAGUAACUUGUAUAAAAUUACCUCCAAUGGUGGAAUGUUAGUCACCGAUCCGGACCACCUUGUCUCGGGUACAUCUGUGGUGGGAGCUCUUUACUGUCAACGAAGAGGCGUCCUGCAGGAACGGUUCAGGGGAAUUGAUUCUGAUAAUAAAAUCAUGACUGUGGGUACGAUAAUCCACGAGCUGCUACAGAAGAUACUCAGAGAUCAGCUAACAAGUAUCGAUGAUAUCAAAAUGCUGGGAAAGAAAUACGUCAACUCUAAAGAAAUUGCACAUAUGCUCUAUGCUUGUGAAAUGAGCCAAGCAGAUGCCUCGAAAGAAUUGGAGCAGUUUUAUCCCAAAAUUUUUGACUUCUUAAGAAAACACGUUUCUUACAAUCAGACAUCAUCGAACAGCAAAUCAGAUCUACAGAUCAACACUAUAAAAGAUAUUGAGGAAAAUGUCUGGUGUCAUCAGUUGGGUUUGAAGGGUAAAAUUGACGUGACAGUUAAAGCAAGAUGUUCCCCGCAAGAGCAGUUCCAGCUGAUGCCUCUAGAAUUGAAGACAGGCCGAGCGAGCUUCUCCGCAGAGCACAAAGGACAGAUAGUGCUUUACGAAAUGAUGAUGAAUCUUGUUGGCCAUCACGUGGAGAAGGGUAUUUUGCUGUAUCUGCGAGAGGGGAAAUGUGCCCCAGUGUUAAGUAACCGUAACAUGAAACGUGAUUUGAUUAUGUUACGAAACGAAGUUGCUUAUUAUUUAUCGAAAGGACUUCCAAAUAUUACCAGUGAUAGUUUCAACAUUUCCAAAGAUAUAUUGCCACUCCCAGAACCGUUGAACAACCGACACGUUUGUUCGCGUUGUCCAUAUAGUGUCCUCUGUACAGCAUACCUCAAACGCGAAGAAAGGAAUCUUUCGGAUGAUCACGCUAUUAAACUGAUUGCUGAUGAAUCGUUGAGCCAUUUGACGGACAAGCACAUAGAUUAUUUCAUUCAUUGGGCUGGUCUUAUCUUCCUCGAGCACGAAGAAUCUAGAAGAAAUUUCAAGCUGAAGCAUCUAUGGACAAAAACCCCAGAGGUUCGUAUGGAAAUGAAGCGAGCUGUUACAAACCUCAAGCUCACUGGUCGAGUAAUUAGAAUAGGAGAUGAGUAUUUUCAUACUUUCCAGCAGAACUUUGACCACAGAGAUGCUAGUAACCACGAUGUAAGUUCGUUUUUUGAGGUGGAUGAGUACUUGAUAUGCAGUACUUCCAAGAGAAUUGCAGUAGCGGCCGGUCGGGUCAUUGCGAUUGGUAAACAAGAUGUUACUAUGUGUUUGGAACGUGACCUUAGUCAUACUUUUUCAAUGGACGAACAAUUUAUUCUGGACAAGUACGAAUCACAAACAAGCAUGACAUUUAAUUUGACCAACAUCGGAGUGCUAUUGGAUAAUACCGAGCGAUCAGACAUUCUGAGGCGUAUUAUUGUUGAUAAAGAAAAACCCACCUUCACACGAAGUGUAUCUUCGCUUGUGACUGCCACUGCCAAGGAUAUCCUGAAAGAUUUAAACAAACAUCAGAAAAUCGCUAUACUAACAGCGAUUGGAACCAAAAGCUAUUGUCUCUUCAAGGGUCUCCCGGGAACUGGGAAAACUCAAACUGUGAUCGCCCUAAUUCGUCUUCUGGUAGCAAUGGACAAUUCAGUACUCAUCACCAGCAACACGCAUUCCGCAGUUGAUAACAUACUGAAGCGAUUAAUGUUUCAUAAUGUUAGAUUUAUUCGACUUGGUAAUGUCUCCAGAAUCGAUCCAGCAAUAAAACAAUUCUCAGAACAAACACUAACAGAAAACUGCACAACUCCCGAGGAGCUUACGGCCAUCUACAACUCGUUUAAAAUUGUCGGCGUCACAUGUCUCGGAUCCUCACAUGCAAUGUUCACACAAAGGACUUUCGACUUUUGCGUUGUGGACGAGGCGACGCAGGUAUUCCAAUGCGCCGUGAUACGUCCAUUGUUGCUUUCAAACAGAUUCAUCCUCAUCGGAGACCCGGAUCAACUACCUCCAGUUGUAAAAUCGCGCAAAGCAAAAGCAUUUGGAGCAGAUGAAAGUCUCUUCUUGCGCCUGGACAAGGAUGCAUCCUGUUGUGUCCUACCAGCACAAUAUCGCAUGAAUAAAACCAUCACAAAGCUGGCCAACGAUUUCUCAUAUAAAGGAAAAUUGAUUUGCGCUAAUGAAUCGGUGGCGAGCUCAUUCUUGAAGCUUCCAAACAUUCGAAACGUGCAAGAAAAACAUAAAACGGAGAAGUGGCUCCUGAGGGCUAUUGCGUCCCAACUGGAGCUAGGAGUCGUGCUAAUAAAUACACAAAAUACUUUCAAAAGCAGUGUGACAUAUGGCGAGAGCACAAAAUGGGGACGGGCGGAAACUAAAAUUGAUGCAGCAGCACUGUAUAAAAACUAUUGUGAGGCAGCAGUGGUCUUCUACAUAGCAAUGACACUACUCGAGAGUGGCAUCGAAGGCGAAGCUAUCGGUGUAAUAGCCCCGUUCAAAGCACAAGUCGAAUUACUAAGCUAUUAUCUUGGACAGUUGAAGAAAUUUUACAAAAAAACGCGCGACCAAUUUGAACCCAAAAAUUUGGACAUAGAAGUAAACACCGUGGAUCAAUAUCAAGGAAAGGAUAAAGAUGUAAUAAUCUACACAUGCACGAAAACCCUAAAUCCAGAUGUGCCAGCAAAAGACAGUUCAGAAGGCAUAGAGUACGAAAUUUUGGAAGAUUGCCGAAGACUGACGGUAGCAAUAACGCGAGCGAAGAAAAAGUUGAUCAUUAUCGGCGACACUCAGUGCCUUGAGAGAUAUACCCCGUUUCGAGAGCUCUUCAAACACAUCGCCAAGGUUGGUAGAAUAACCCUCCAACAGAACUCGUUUGGUUUCGAGUGGAAUGAUGUCCUAGGUACACUGGAUAUGCUUGAAGACUGUGAUGAAUAAAAAACCCACUUUCAGUUACAAA